GAAACGCUAAGGUCCUUAUUGGUAGUUCAAAACAAUAAUACUUUUCUUCUCAACGUGUCGUGGUGUCACUCUUUUACGAUUUUAUCAUGGCGCUUCCAUAUGACAGCUUCAAACACGAGGUCAAGGAAAUCAUAAUUAUGGCUAUCCUCCUCACAGCAGUUGACUUCAUCGGGAUGAAAGAAGAGUACACAGAGAUCGUCAAAUUUGUAAUGUUGGCCUACUACAUCGUUGAAUGGGCCUUUAUCAUGUUCAUGAGGUACUAUUAUCAGAAUCCAUUUCCGCUUUGGAUGGAAAUUCAGACAAGUCUGCUCACGGAUUGUUCCCUGAUGAUAAGCGCGUUUGCCGUUCUCCAAAUCUUGACUGCUGCAACCAACAAUUUCGCAUCGAACAACAAAGCUACGAAAUUUUCAGAGGAAAACCUGAAUCAGAUAGCACUCAUCGUCUUCCACUUUUGCACAAAUAUGCUGAAAAACGUGUUUUCCUCAUCUGCCAUGAGAUGCAAGACAAACUUUCUUUUGGCAAUGUUCUGGGGGUAAAGGCACCUGGUAAAGGAAUUGGUAAAUCAUGUAGUAAUCAGAAAAUCCAGGCAAAUUGAUUGUAUCCGGAAGUAAAAAUAAUGUAACUGACUCAAAAUGACACUGUAAAU